AUGGCCCAACGACACGCCAGCGUCGGAUGCUUGUCAGCGUUCAGCGAGGCCGAAGUGAAGGUACUUUGAAAUGAUUAAAAAUUGGUGUGACUUGUGAUUCGAACCACCAAAACGUCAUCAGAGUUUUGUGUCCUGUAAAUCAAGCACAAUCGCAUUUAAUAAGCCGGGUGUGCUUUGUGUGAACGAAUAGAGUACAAAAACAUUGUGAUAUGGGUGGAAACAUUGAUAAAAGCGUCCCGUCCCUAUUCCCCAUCUUGUGUUGUCAAUAGAAAAUACGAUCGAAGUUUGCGUCGUGCUGUGAAUUGCCACGCAAGCGACACGUUUCACUUUUGUGUGUGUGUGUGUGUACAUGCGAUAUUGCAGCACCGUUUUGCACUGGUUCCGCUAUUAUUUUACUGAAAAUGGCACCGUUUCCGGUAAGUUUGGAACACUGAACGGUCGUGAUCUUUUGUCGGAAGAACUAUGAAGGACAAACAAUGACGAGAGAGAGACAGUGUUUCUGAAAAGAGCAAAACUCCAAAGACUGCGAUCAAAAUGCGCUUCUCCUUCCCAACCCAACCCACCCACAAAAGAACAAAUAGCGGCGAGGUUUUUGUGUGUGUGUGUGAGAAAAAUAUAAACACAAAUAUGUAUACAUUUGUCUGAGGAAUUUAGUGGGAUGUCCCCUUUUCUUUGCCGGUAUUUAAGGCGUGUUUGGUGCAUUUCUCAAUAAGUUCGAAGAGUUUUAGGCUCUCUUGGCUUCCGUUUCCGAUGUUUUUAGGCAUUUCUUCGGGCCGUGAUGUCACAAAAGUAGAACUGAUGUAAUCAGUUUCAGACUUUCGAUUUUCCGUUUAGUUUGUUUUUUGCUUCCCCAGGCUCCCGGCUCUCUAAACUAGAAAUCUUGACCUCUUCGAAAGCCGUUUAGGUGAUUUCAUCCUAUUUACGCAUAUCCUUCCUGUUACUGGCCACCCGAAUGUUUUUUUGCUGGUAGAGAGUCUGAACAAACACGGAGAUAUCAACAGACAGUAACAGACACACUCGUUUUCUGUCGUCUCUCCCCCUCACUCUCGCUCACUUUUCUAUCUUUCAAUCGUGUGAACCGCCCAUCCGAACACGGCCUUAGUUGGAAAGUUGUGUUCAUUUCCAACUUAUUCGUCGCUAUUGUCAAUAGUCAUGCCGGUGGGUUUUUCUAUUCAUUCUCUAAGGGGAAUGGCGCAACAUCGAGAUCUCUGCUUGUUCGAUAAAAGUUCAUUUGUAGUCUGUUCUUCAAAAUGAGCCGGGUUAGAGGUUAAUGUAAGGUUUUCGUGCCAAGUUACAGCUUUACAAUUUCCAUGUUUGAAAAUGAAAGGUUCUAGGCCUAUUGUAUGCCCGCUCCGCUCUCGAUUUGUAUUUUAUCACACAAUCAAAAGAAAACGGUGUUAUCAUCACGUGACAACGACGGCGCUGCUUUUUCGCUGUUUAUUUCCAUCCGAUUCGUCUUAUUCUCCUUCUUCUUCUCCGUCCGUCCGUCCUGCCGCCGACGCUUUUCUCUCGGUCAAACUUUCGAGAAACGACGUUUGUGUGUCGAGACUAUGAACGUUUCCUUCUCGACGAGCUCUCUGUCGGUGUCGAACUCGCGAACGAGAUUGGUCUCGUUCCGAGAAGCCGAACACGACGAUCUGAAGGUUGGUUUUGAUCAUUGAAACAUGUUGACGUCAGGCUUAACAUCGGGAUCGUUUUGCCUGAUGAUAUAUAAUAGAAGAUAUUACGACGUCUAGAAUCUGUGUCUACAAGACUGUCUGUUCCAAUGAUGAUCACAAUUGCAUCAGAACCUUUGGAAGGUGUGUAGGAAUUGAAUUUGUAGUGUGUAGGGUGUGUUUCGCGUUCUUUGCACUCACUUUGAAUCGUAUCUUGUGACCACGUGUGGUGCCUCGAAACCCAAAUAGUAGUCUGUGCCGCGAUAUCACAAAUGUGUGAUUCGGCGAUCACAUAUAAAUGGGUUCCGCACAAGUGUUUCCUCUUUUUCUUCUUCACCGAUCUCCGAGACAGCUGCCUGUUGAGUACUUUGAAGUGUGAUGCUCUCGCCGAUUUUUGUUUUUCGAAAUUGGAAAAGAGUCGAUUCCAACUCUUUCUUCCAACUCGCAAAAAGUUGCAAAUCUUUUCGAGUCGAAUCUAGAUAGAUCAAAAGAUCGAACGCAAUGCCCCGUGACACUAAAAAAAUGUUUUGGAAACUUCUCCGGUCGGAUCAUCAUCGUGUUUAUACAAUCGUUUCGCCUUUUUGCCGUCAAUGUGCGCUUCUUCUCAUCCAGUUUUUCUGGUUGCCGCUUUCCACUUUGUCGCCUUCUUGUUGCCAUUGAUAUCUCCGCUUCCGAUCGUCGUGCAUCUAAAAUGGAUAAACGCUUUUUUAGUUUUCCUCUCUCUCUCUCUCUCUCUUUCUUGAUCUCGCUGACUUUUUAUCUUCUAAAAGAGACUAGACGCUUCUAGAAAAGAAAGAGAAAAAUGGCUCCGCAACCAGUUCAUCGCCUCCAUUCCAUCGAUCAUAAGCCAGAUGAGGUAGUGGGUGGGGUCCCUGGGGCAAAAAUUAGAAUACAAACGUUCCCAUUUGAAAAAUGUGAUUUUAUUUCAGAGCUCUGAAGAAUGGAAGACGUCGACGAAGGUGGAGGCGUUGAGCCUUCUGGAGGGCGAGCUCGCGCAGCUCCUCUCGACGACCCGCGACGAGCUUCUGCCGCACUACAAGACGGAGCUCUCCGGCUUCCGCAACCUGUUCGCCCGUUUCCUCCGCGCCAAGCCGCACGUCGAGUGGUCGAAGAUUGAGCCGCUUCCGGAAGGAUCCAUCCGUCCCUACACGAGCGUCAGUUUCCCCCAUUUUCCCUUUUUCACCUGUAAUCUGGGCUUUGCAGUUGUCCGCCGUUACUGGCAAGGACCUGAUUGCCGCCCAACUGCGCAAGUUGGUCGUUGUGAAGCUCAACGGAGGACUCGGAACUUCGAUGGGAUGCAAGGGACCAAAGUCGGUCAUCUCGGUCCGCAACGACCUCACGUUCCUCGAUCUGACGAUGCAGCAGAUUCAGGUGAGUCCCCUCCGAAGCUUGAAUCAAUGAAAACUUGAAACAUUUCAGACGCUGAACAAAACGUACGGAGUCGACGUGCCGCUGGUGCUCAUGAACUCGUUCAACACGAACGAGGACACGCAGAAGGUGCUGAAGAAGUACGCGAACGUGAAGGUGUCGGUGCACACGUUCUCGCAGUCGCAGUACCCGCGCAUCAACCGCGAGACGCUGCUGCCGAUCGCCAAGACGCUCGAGGGCGAGGACAACGAGUGCUGGUACCCGCCGGGCCACGGCAACUUCUACGAGGCGUUCCACAACUCGGGACUGCUCGACAAGUUCCUCGCCGACGGCAAAGAGUACUGCUUCCUGUCGAACAUUGACAACAUGGGCGCCACCGUCGACCUGUCCAUCCUCAACUUUGUGCUCAAUCCGCCGGCGGACCAAGUGCCGCCCGAGUUCCUCAUGGAGGUCACCGACAAGACGCGCGCCGACGUGAAGGGAGGAACGCUGAUCCAGUACGAGGGACGGCUGAUGCUGCUCGAGAUUGCGCAGGUGCCGAAGGACUACGUCGACGAGUUCAAGUCGGUCAGCAAGUUCCGCAUCUUCAACACGAACAAUUUGUGGGCGAAGCUCGACGCGAUGAAGCGCGUGGUGACGACGAACAAGCUCGAGAUGGAGGUGAUCGUGAACCCGAAGCACCUCGACCGCGGACUCGACGUCAUCCAGCUGGAGACGGCCGCCGGAGCCGCGAUCAAGUCGUUCAGCGGAGCCGUCGGCGUGAACGUGCCCCGUUCUCGCUUCUUGCCCGUCAAGAAGACGUCGGACCUGCUGCUGCUCAUGUCGAACCUCUACGAUAUUGACAACGGAUCGCUGACGCUCUCGCGCCAGCGCUCGUUCCCCACCACCCCGCUCGUCAAAUUGGGCUCCUCGUUCGACAAGGUCAAGGACUAUUUGUCGAGGUUCAACGGCAUUCCCGACCUGCUCGAGCUGGAUCAUCUGACCGUGUCCGGCGACGUCUGGUUCGGCAAGGACGUGUCUCUGAAGGUAUUUAAAAGAGCAAACGGAUAUUAUCUGGGCUCAGAGAGUCUAAGCCGUCGCGACUUUUCAAAUCUCUUUUCUCUUGCAGGGCACUGUGAUCAUCAUCGCCAACCACGGAGACCGCAUCGACAUUCCGCCCGGCUCGAUCCUCGAGAACAAGAUUGUCUCUGGAAAUUUGCGCAUUUUGGAACACUAA